GUGUCCCUCCUGCAGCUCCCGCUCACGGGCAGCUCCCCGGACAGGGGUAAGUCAGCGGGGAGUUCGUUCACAGUCACCGGUCAGUUUGCACGGGUACUGCUAACGGGGACCUUGUGCAUUCUCAACGCACGGCGUGUGUGCAGCAGCCAAGGCUUCAUGAAUGUUGGGGCAGCGUGUGUGCGAGAGUGUGUGUGUGAGUGUGGAAUUGUGCACGUGUGUGCGUGUGAGACCCUGCCGCUGCCCUGGCUGCCGGGAGGCACCAGGUGCUCGCCAGGCUGACGGGCCAGAGUGCACAAGUAUUUCACUAGAGGUUCCCUUCUCCUCCCUGCAGACGGGUGCCUGAAGCGGAUGGGUGAGUUCUCCGUGCUGCAGCAGCCCCCGCGGGCGGUGAAGGAAGCUGGAGACUCUGUAGAGAUGAACUGCACCCUGGCGCUGCCCCCGGGACACCCCAGACCCAGCAGCGUCCUCGUCACCUGGCACAGGGGGCACAGAGGGGAUGGCCUGACGGGCACCGGGAAGCUCUCCGAGGUGGCGGAGCUGCGAGGGCGGGUGGAGACGGCGUGGCUGGAGAACGUCUCUGCCAGCACCCUGCACAUCCACACCCUGCAGCACAACGACUCGGCCCUGUACCUGUGCCUCUUCGUCGUCUUCCCCUCGGCCCAGCCCUGCCUCCUAGAGGGGAACGGGACCCGCCUGACGGUGACAGGUUUCUCCACUCCGGGAAACACGACCCGGCCCGGCCCACAUCACGGCGCGCUGGCCAGCUGGCAGGUUCUCUCCCUGGGUCUGGGAGCCCUGGGGAUUGUAGCAGGCGCCUUCCUGCUGUGGCUGCACAGAAAGAGAACAGGGCUUGCUUCCAGAGAGCUGCAGGCAUCACCUCUUGCUGGGGCAGGCCACUCGGCUGCUCACAGCCUUCGGCUGAUGAAGGAGUCUCCGAGUGAGGGAGAAGAGAUCACAUAUGCAGAGCUGAGUAUCCAGCCACGGACGCCGAGGAGAGCGACGAGGGUAAAUUCCCGAAUGACGGCAGAAGAGAUCACAUACACCGAUCGCCGCAUCCAGCCGCCGACACAGAGCAGCGCGACAAGGGCAAGUUCCCCAGCAAGGUCUCCCUCCGACACGGUAUACGCUGCGGUUAGCAAGGGCAGAGCAGACAGCUUUCUGUAUUGAGCCAAGGGGAUAUUUCCUUAGGGCAGCUCCAGCCGAGCUCUGUCUUUCUGGCUUUUAGCCAAUGGAGGACCGGAGAGCUGUGUGGUCACUGUCAUCUUAGUGCCGAAUUCCUACGCUGGUGCUUGUCUGUAUCUUUGGCAUCUGCUCCGUGUACGUUUGAUGACAAGCACCUGGGCAGGAAAACUCGGGGUAAGUAAGUUGCAAAAUCCCGUUUGUGCCCAGGCAGUCUGACCUCCUGCCUAGACCAGGCCAGAGACUCUCACCCCGUGAGUCCGGCAUCGGGGGGAAUUACUCUUCCCCACUACACAAGCGGGGGCUGCACCUAAGUGGUUUAGGUGCACAGGUCCAUGCGCGUAAGUCACUUACUGCUUUGAAAAGAGAACGUCCAACCGUGCUUUAGACUCCAGGUGGUGAAGGAUCCGCCACAUCCCGUGGUGACCCUUCCAAACACGAAUCACCUGAAAGGGCCAAAAUUUUACACAAGGAAAAUUGUCCUGCCAAAAAAUACAGUUUUGUCUAAACUGAAAAUUUUCUUGGGAAAAUCUUGAUUCUGCUGAAAAAAUGUCAAUUUUCCAGCAAGAAAUGUCAAAAUGCAAAUUGUCAUUUAUGAAUCAACAUUUGAGAACAAAGUGACACUUUUUGUUUUGGCAUAAAAUCUCAUUUAUUUUUGGUUUUAAAAAAGCAAAAUGAAAAGUUAUGUAAAAAAAGUAAACAAAAAUUGUUGCUUAGCUUUGAAAUAUCGCUUUGAGGUGACAAUUGAUGAUUAGUUUCUGUCAAAAGCGCUGAUAUUUUUCAUGUCAACAUUUCUGAUUUGAAAUUCUGGGGGGCUUUUCAUUUCACCCAGUGUUUUGACAUUUACAUUUUCUGUUCCAACCAAGUGUCCCAUGGGCUGAAAAAGUUUCCUGAGCUGCUCUAGCAGUUCCCCUGGCCUGUAAAAACCUUCCCUUUGCUCCUAGUUUGAGCUACUUCUGGUUUUCUUCCUGUUCUGAUGGAACCUUGUCAUUCGUGUGUAAUUGUGAAUAAACCCGACAUUAC